UGCAUUAGUAUGCCUCGAGAAGAAGACUAGCAUCCGGAAAUGCGAAAUACGUUGUUUAUUUUGCCUUAUGCUGAAUAACAGAAUACAAAAGUAAAAUUAUUUUGUCCGUUUGAACAAUGCCUGUUUGUUCAGCUUAUAAGUGCAAGAAACGUUCAGACGGCGCGUAUAAAGAGGCAUACAAAAGGGGCGAGUUUUCUUUUCACACAUUCCCAUUAGCUGAUGGAUUGAGAGUGAGAGAAUGGCUCCGGCGGAUGAGAUGGCAGAACUGGUGGCCAACUGGAAACUCGGUCCUAUGCUCGGAUCAUUUUGAGAAAGACUGCUUUGAACAAAUGGGAAGUCAUAAACGAUUGCGUCGCAACGCUGUCCCAACUAUCUUCAAUUUCCCUAAACACCUCCAAUGGAAGGUGCCAGCUGUCAAGAGAAGAUCUCUGAAUCGUAAGCCAGUAGAAAUGCCUACCAUACCAAAACCAAUCCCACGGCUUGAGGGGAAGUUUGUUCCUGUGACUCAGCUGGGUACUGAUGGUUCCAGUCAUGGCCCUCUUCAUGCUGGUAGCUUCCAUGAUGACUACUGUAAACCGCAGAGCAUACAGUGGAUGAAGCUUGCUGAGGGUGAUGAUGAUGAUGAUGAUGAGGGUGAUGACACCAGUGAACCUGAAAAUGAUGUCACCAAUGAUGACGCAUCUGUAAAAAAUUCAAACACUCAAUAUAUAAGGGUGACAGAGAGAUGGCAGUGGCUAAGUAUAGAUAUAACGGGGCCAUUUCAAGAAAACAAGGGCCCCUAUAGCCACAUAGUGGUCAUCUGUGAUUAUUACACCAAAUGGAUUGAAAUAUUUCCAUCGGAAAAGCCUAAUUCAGAUUCUAUAGCGCUCCUUAUGUGUGAUGCCAUUUCCCGAUAUGGUUUUCCUUUGGGAUUUCUCACACCGUGGGGCGCCAGAGGGAUUCAGGUCAGAACGGUUAACAGAGCACUAAAUAAUAUUUUGAAGAUGGAGCUUUCGCUUGUCUCUCGACAUCAUCAGGCUUCACAGCUUGAGCCUCACACCCAAUAUCACAUUGUCAAUAUGGUGGAAAAUCUGGUAAAGAAGUAUCCAGACAGUUGGCAUGCACAUUUACCGGUCAGUGUGCUGCGUUUCAACUGCAGUGUUCACCCAGAGACCAAAUAUAGACCUCUGUGCCUCCAUCGCUCCGAAGGAAACAAACCCUUUACAUCUCCCAGAGAUCAGCCACUCAGUGAAGAUGACCUUGCAAAGUACACAUUCAAAAUAGAGAAACCCAACCCUUCAAAAGAAAUGAAGGCACUGAAACGAAUACCCAGAGAGUCAGCUGACUGCAUUGUUGUAUCAUGAAACUGUGUGCCUCAUUACUGCUACUGGUGUGUGACUGAAAACCAACGGUCCAUGAAGGAACAAGUGCAGUACAGAUGUAAAACAGUGACCAGAAAACAAUGACAGAAAAUUCAGACUGAGAUGUUGUUUAUUAGUGAUUUUCAUAUUGAAAAGUUAUGUAUCAUAGUGCAUUCAUACCAUUAAAGGUAUAAAAGUGAGUUGAUGAAGUGUAUAUAAACCAUUUGUUUACAAUGAAGGUAAAUAAAAACAACGUGGCCCUUGA